AUGGAGUCACCUGGAGCAGGUGUCAGCGAAGAUCUUCAGGAGGAGCCACAGCCCAUCCAUCUUAAAGAGGAAGAGGAGGAGUCAGAGCCGUCCCACAUUAAGGAGGAAGAGGAGGAACACAGCAUCAGUCCGGAUGAAGAGCAGCAGAAGGAGGAGGCUGUCUACAAGUUUCCGGUGACUUGUGAGAUGGUGAAGUGCGAAGACGUUGAAGACAAAGUUCAGAGGUCCCAGAAGAAAGGGGCGGAGCCUUCAAGCAGCAGCUUAACUCCACACAUAACAGAAGCUGACUGCGGAGGAUCGAAAGCAGACUGCCUCUUAGCCCCACUAUCAGAUAGUGAGGACACAAUGUCACACUCUCCUGACUCUGAUGAAGAAGACUAUGAAGCUGACAUGACGUGUCACACUCACAACAAACACUUUAAAUGCUCCCAAUGUGACAAAACGUUUGGCAGCAAAAGUAAUCUAAAAAGGCACAUGGGGUGUCACACGGGAGAAAAACUAUUCAACUGCUCGGUUUGUGGCAAAGAAUUCUCCCAGAAGGGAAUCUUAAUGAGACACGCAAGAACACACACCGGGGAGAAACCUUUUUCUUGCCCGUUCUGCGCCAAAAGGUUCUCUAUAAAGGGGAAUUUGAUCACGCACACAAGAAUACACACCGGGGAAAAACCUUUUUCCUGUUCGGUCUGCAAAACAAGUUUCACCGUUCGUUCGGCGUUGGUGCAACACAUGAGAACGCACACUGGCGAGAAACCUUUUCCUUGUUCUUUCUGUGGCAAAACCUUCUCGCAGAAAGUCAGUUUGAUGACACACAGGAGGAGACACACCGGAGAGAAGGUGUUCAGUUGCGACGCGUGUGAUGAGCGAUUCUCUCAUAAGUACCAACUAAACAAGCACAAGUGUGCUGGUGAGGAAAGAGGCGGUGAAUGAACUAGCGGUCAAACGUACUUCAUGGGCAUUUGACCAAAGAUUCCUUUAUCAAAGUGCAUGCCUCUAAGCAGUGCAAAUAGUUUUGCACUAUUUAUUCCAAAAGAUGGAUGCGCAUCAACAAAGUGUGCCAAGGGAAGAGAAGAAGAAUAGAGAGGGAGUUAUGGGAAGUCAGCGUACGAGCAUUAAAAAAAGUAAGAGUCCAGCGUCAUUGUGUUAGCAAAGUGUACAUUUUUCUACAACUUAUGGUGCUGCACUUCUUUUUACACUCACAAAUGUAGCUUCAAAACUACUGAUGUGUCUUAUAACCCAUUAGUCAGUUAAUUCAUGGUUGUGCGUAAUUAAUUGAAAGGGUUUGGAGGUGCAAUUGGCUUGUUGGUUCAAAAAGAAAAAGGCACAGCCCUCCUCCUAGCAGGGUUGUUCUGCCUAUUACGAUGCUAGUGUGGAAACAGGAGUUCAGAACAUCCAGAGGGAUUCGUGCUUGAACGUCAGCUGUCCCUCCAUCCAUCCAUCCAUCUUCUUCCGCUUAUCCGAGGUCGGGUCGCGGGGGCAGCAGCCUAAGCAGGGAAGCCCAGACUUCCCUCUCCCCAGCCACUUCGUCCAGCUCUUCCCGUGGGACCCCGAGGCGUUCCCAGGCCAGCCGGGAGACAUAGUCUUCCCAACGUGUCCUGGGUCUUCCCCGCGGCCUCCUACCGGUCGGACGUGCCCUAAACACCUCCCUAGGGAGGCGUUCGGGUGGCAUCCUGACCAGAUGC